CUGGAUGGGCGAAAGGCGUCAGCUGAUCAGUUGGCUUGCUUGUUUCAAUAUGGCCGCCUGGCUAGGAAUGCCGAUCUUAGGGCGCAAGAGGAAAAAAGAGGGCGCGACCGUGCUCUGGUCCGUGGGAACCUUGUGGCUGGCAUGCCUCACGGUGCGGGGUGUGGCGGGCCGCGACCCUCCGCUGAAGUGCGAAGACCUGAGAGUCGGGCAAUAUAUUUGCGAAGAUCCUAAAAUAGAUAAUGAGACACAAGAACCCUUGAAAUGUACGAAUCACACUGCAUAUGUUGCCUGCCUACCAGCUCCAAAUAUUACUUGUAAGGAUUUCAAUGGGAAUGAAACCCAAUUUACUGGAACAGAAAUUGGAUUUUACAAGCCUGUAGAAUGUCGAAAUGUGAAUGGCUACUCCUAUAAAGUAGCAGUAGCUCUGUCUUUAUUUCUUGGAUGGUUGGGAGCAGAUAGGUUUUAUCUAGGAUAUCCUGCACUAGGUUUGUUAAAGUUCUGCACUGUGGGAUUUUGUGGCAUUGGCAGUUUGAUUGACUUCAUUCUGAUUUCAAUGCAGAUCGUGGGCCCUUCAGACGGCUCUAGUUACAUCAUAGAUUAUUAUGGAGCAAGGCUUACCAGACUGAGUAUUACUAAUGAGACAUUCAGAAAACCUCAGAUAUACCCUUAAGCAUGCCGAUUUCAGCUCCAUCCGAGUGUGAGGAAGAUACAUGAAAGGGGACUGCCUUCAAAGGAUAGUAUUUGAAGGAAGCAUCUUUCUCUUUGGGUUUCACUGAAUAAGCUAAAGACAAAAGACCACUUCAUCAUAUAUAUGACUGUUUACACAAGAGGAGUUUGGACUUUGGUGCUAUGUUUUCCAACAUAGCCCUACUGAGAAGAGGACAAUGACUUGUCUUUUAAAUUAUUUUGCUAAAUACUAAUAGACAGAGGAUAUAAUUAAUGUUAAAUACAUCAUGAAGUACUUACAAUGGGUUUCAUACAAAUUGUACAAAAACUGAAAAUGUGUGUGUGUAUAUAUAAACAAAAUAAGACAGGAAGAAAUGACUGCACAUUCAGUGUCCAUUUUCUUACUGCUUUUUAAAAGCAAGAAGAGAAUUCAAACCAAAAGAAUGUUGUUUUACAGAUGUAUGAAGUUCCAGCUCAUUCACUCUCCCUCCCGUGCAUCAAGUACAUCCUGUACUUUUGGCAACACGUUGACUGGAUAUUUAAAAGCUGCGAACUGCUCUGAAAGUUUCACAUAGUGGCUUAUGGGCCAUGUGUGUUUGAUCAAAAUUCAAUUACUGCACUGUGCCAGGCUUGGAAACCUAUCAUUGCAAGUUAUGAAGUAUGACGAAAUAAGCUGCUCUAAUUGGUUCAGUAUGGGGAGCAGUCUCAACCAAGCUUGUUAUGAUAAAUAGCUUCCUGUGUUAAAGGUUCUCUGGAGCUUAAGUGUCUUGGCUCACCUCCUUCAACAGAAUAAGAAUAUUGUUCCCUAGGAACACUUACAUCACUGUCCUUCUUCCCAAUUCAGAAUUAAAUGUUUGUAGCAUUUUCAUUUUGCUGUUCUUGAAUAUAAACAAUGAGUACUGCUGACA